AUGGCCACAGGAAAUCAUCAUCCUAGAGGCCGGCCCUCGAAUGAGGAGCUCCUGCAACGGGGACCCCGGGAAAUCUUGGGAUGGCUCGAGAGAGUCGAAACACAGCAUUUCCACCUAGUUGUCGAGUACAAUUCGAAGAUGCGUGAGAUGGCUAGAUUGGUCGACCAGCAGCGUCAAGACAUAAUGCAGCUGAAAGAGCUCAUGUUUCUCCAAUUUCCGCAGUGGAACUCCAAGCUCACCGCAGAAAAUGAAGAGCUCCGCAACAUGUGCUGCUUCUUGGACGACGAGCGAGAAAGAGGACAAAAGCUCAUGGGAGAAUGGCGGAGAUUCGGGAGAUAUACCGCAUCGAUUCUCAGUCAUGAAGUGCACUCGUACCAUGAUAAAUUGAGCAAGCUCGAAAGCCGGCAGAGAGACAUCAUGAGCAAUGUUUCGGGGGCACGGGAUCAAGUGACACCUACAGCCAAACCCGAUCUGCUGGAAGCAACACCGAGCCUACAAGUCGAUGCGGCGGCCAACGAAUCCUCCGAGACGGAAUCCGCACAGAGCCCGAUCACUCAGACAGCGACCCAACGGAGGAGCAUCGCAGACAACGUCGCCGACGCCUUCAAAGUCUUAGAGCUUCACGAGCAGCUUGAGAAAGAUCCUAUGAGCGACAAGGAGAAAGCUUUGGUCAGAGACAUGUGCAAUGUCGUGUGGAAUAAACUUGAGCAGCAUUACAAUGUUUCUACAGAUGAAAAUUGCAAUGUGAAGUCUCCGCCAACGACAGAAAGAGAACCGACGAGCAAUACAGCGAGUGCUCCAUGAAUGGUUUCAAAUACGAUUUCUCCCAGUGCCAUACCCGAUGUGAAUAUAAAAUAGUUUGGAGAAAAUCUAAUUGUAGGAGGAGCACAGGCAGGACGGAAAGGUCAUCCCUGAGCCGAGAAUAAAACUCG